UUUGAUAUUCGUGCUUUUCGACUACCCGCCUGCAAGCUGUGGGGUUGCAGCAGGUUGCAGACACUUAAAAUGAUAAAUGAAACUGCUGUAGAAGUCAACUGUUAUUAUCCACGCACGUUUUCUUGAGCCCUUGCUAGUUGCGAGAGGAGAGGGGUUUUUGGUUAUUUUGACAAAAGGAUUUUUAUAUCAAAUUUGUAGUUCAUUUUUCGAUGAAAAAUAGUUUCUAUUAUACAACGGUCGUUACUAUCAUCUAUUCUUAAUGUAACUAAUGUUGGCAAAUGGUAGGCUCGGAACUACGCCAUCAAUCUGUUGAAUUUCCAACUCUUACUGUUAAUAGCUCCUUUGCAUAUUUGCUCUUCUGUCUUCAUUUACUUAAUAACGAUGCACUCAAAUUAUAGGUGUUUCAUUUAAAUGUGGGUAAUGUAUAUUCGUAGUAUGGAUCGGCAGUUGUUUUUCACGGAUGUAAACAAACAAGUGAAGAUGCGAUGCCUAACGAAAAUCAUGACAGUGAUUGCUUAAUAAUGAAAAAUAUAUUUUGAAAUCUAAUGUGCAUAAGAUAUUUUCAUUUUGUGUUCAUCUUACGCCUUUCGAAUAGUGGCCACUGUAGACGUAAUCUUUGAAAUCUACUGUAUUGGAAAACAUAACAUUUUUCAAAAUGUCUGACGAAGAAGUCGAAAAGUUUGAAAUAAGUGAUUAUGACCUCGAUAACGAGUUCAACAUCAACAGACCUCGCCGUCGCUUGACAAAACACCAACAAAUAUAUGGUAUUUGGGCGCAUGACAGUGGUGAUGAAGGAAACGGAAGUAAAAGCCACCAACGUGCUUCUCAUCGCAAAAAUUAUUCAGCUCCGGUUAGUUUUGUUUCUGGUGGUGUUCAGCAAGCUGGCAAAAAAGAUGAAGCAAAAGGUAAAACUGGGUCUGAUGAUGAAGAUGAUGACGACGACGAUGACGAUGAUGAUGAUGAAUCGGCACCUGGUACAUCUAGAUCAAGGAGGAUUGCUGCAACUUCAAGUGAGGAGUCUGAAGAUGAUGCCAAAUAUAGUAAACAAAAACUAACCAAACAAGACUUGAAUUAUGAAGGAGAAAUGGCAGGUUUUCGGAAGAAGCGUUUUAUGAAUCCUGGUUUAAUAGAAAAGGGUGUGGGAGAUUGGGAAAAACACACGAAGGGAAUUGGUGCAAAAUUGUUGCUUCAGAUGGGCUUUCAACCAGGUAAGGGACUUGGAAAAGAUCUUCAAGGUAUAUCUGCUCCUGUUGAAGCAUAUCAACGCAAAGGAAGGGGGUCAAUAGGUGCAUAUGGACCUGAAAAGGGCACAGCAAAAAAACCAGAUACCGAUGAAGAAGCUGACAAAGAGUUUGUUGAAAAAUUGUCUCUGUGGAGGCGUGAUGAUAGUGAUAAAAAGAAGAAAACAAGAUAUGUCUACAAAAGUGUUGAUGAAGUUAUAGAGCAAGGAAAAUUAAAACCAGGGAAGAAAGACUACAGUCAGCUGAGCAAAGUGAAAGUUAUCGAUAUGACCGGGCCCCAGCAAAGAGUCCUAAGUGGAUAUCAUGCAAUUGCUGGGCAGCAGAGACCAUCCGAGGAAUGGGAAGUUCGUAAGGACAAGAAGUUCUCCAAUUUUGCAUUACCAGAACUUCAACAUAAUCUAAACAUUUUAAUGGAUAUGUGUGAACAGGAAAUCAUUGAAAAUGAUCGACGGUUAAGAUACAUUAAUGAUAGAAAGAUUACAUUGGAGCAAGAGGCAUCAACAUUAAAAACAGGUGUCGAUCAAGAAGGCAAGCAGAUUAAAUCAUUAGAAAACGUAUUGGCUAUUAUUGAGAAUAUGGUUGAAAGGAGUAAUGAUCGAUUGGACCCUUUAACUCUUGAUAGAGCAGCAGAAUUUUUUAAAGAAAUUCAGGAAGACUACUAUGAAGAAUAUAUGUUAUAUGACAUUGGCAGUUUGGCCAUUCAGAUUGUUGCUCCUUUGUUGAAAGAAAAACUUGUAUCGUGGAAUCCUUUGGAAAAUGCCAGCGGUCCACUGGGCCUCUUCAAACAAUGGAAAGACAUUUUAGAGGUAGAUUCCAAUUCUUCUCUGACAGGUGGUAGCUCACAAGAUCCAUAUCAUAAAUUAUUAUGGGAAACAUGGAUGCCAAAUGUAAGAAUUGCUAUCAAUAACUGGAAUUGUAGAGCAUGUGAACCUCUGAUUGAGUUAUUGGAACAUUGGCUUCCUUUGAUACCAUUGUGGAUUCUUGAAAACAUUCGUGAACAAUUGGUGCUUCCCAGGAUGCAACAUGAGGUGGAAGAAUGGAAUCCAAUGACUGACACUGUACCUAUACAUGCAUGGAUUCAUCCAUGGAUACCUCUUUUAGGUGGUCGUUUAGAAACAACUGUAUAUCCAGUUAUCAGGCACAAACUCAGUAAAGCAUUAGUUAAUUGGCAUCCAUCAGACCGGUCUGCCAAAUUGAUGUUGGAACCAUGGCAUAAAGUUUUUGCUCGUGGUGACAUGGAUGCAUUUUUGGUAAAGAACAUUUUGCCUAAAUUGCAAUUGUGUUUGCAAGAAUUUGUCAUCAAUCCUCAUGAACAACAUUUAGAUCAUUGGAAUUGGGUAAUGGAUUGGGAAGGAUUAUUACCAGUGUUCUCGUUAGCUGGGCUACUUGAAAGAUUCUUCUUCCCAAAUUGGCUGCAAGUACUUACAAUGUGGCUAAAUUCUAAUCCCAAUUACGAUGCCAUUUGUACUUGGUAUAUGGGUUGGAAAGGCAUGUUCUCAGAAGCUCUUCUUGCUCAACCUGGAAUAAAAGAGCAAUUUCGAAAGGCCCUUGAUAUAAUGAAUCGAGCAGUACUUCAACCUGGACAAAUGAUUAGUCAACCACCAGGUGCUAUGGAAACGGUUUCCUAUCUUACAAAUUUGGAACAGGUCACACAGUCACCUCAGUCAUCACGUGACCGAGAAUCUCGAUAUGAGUCAUUAGCAGAAGCUGUUCGGAUUGCAAAUCAAGUACCUCAGGGAUUCAAAGAGCUUGUUCAAAAGCACUGUGAAGAAAGGGGUAUUGUUUUUGUUCCAAUUGCAAACAGAUAUUGUGAAGGUAAACAGGUUUAUAGAUGUGGUAAAAUUCAAGUUUAUAUUGACAGAAAUGUGGUAUUUAUAAGUGAAAACGGAACAGUCUGGAGACCUACAUCGCUCAACGCCAUGCUGGAUAUGGCAAUGAGAGCCAUCCAGACUCGUGUUGGUUCUACAUGAAAAUACAAUCCAGGAGAAGCAAGUCUGCAUAUGGAUGCCAAAUAGAUUCCAUAUGCAGAUAUAUAUCGACAGGUGGGAUUGCGACACUAUUAUUCAGAUUCAUUUACUGUGUAUGGAAAGAAAUGCCAUUGAUAUAAAUACUAAACUAAUUGAAUAUUUUUAUGAUUUAAUGAUUAAAUUGUCCUUUCAGUUUUAAAAGUAGUUC